AUGUAUCUACGCAAUGCCACGAAUCAGCAGUUAGACAUCUGCCUCCACCUGCAUUCUCAUCUGUCUCGUCUCCCUCCUCAUCAUCCGCAUCGUCCUCGGAAUCAGUCUGAAGGCGUCGCAAGCUACCUUCUUUAUCGAGAGAAACAGUCUGGAAAGCGACGGAUGUCCGAACCAGUGGGAUUCCAAGCAACAGGAGCUUUUGGCAUGCGGAUUUCGCCGUCCCAUUCCCGCCCAUGCUCCCGACAACAUCCUUCAACAGGUCGGGGAAGCCAGGAGCUUGCUGUUCUGCCUUUGUGGCAUACUUCGCAAUGUAACUGGCGACUCAUCCGAUCGAAACGACAAACGAGCCGCGGCUCCUGCUGGCCAGGAACCUUCCGUUUGACUUGGCAAUACCCUGCUCAGCCUUUGUGUUCUGGGCAGUAUUUCGAUCAACUGAGCACGGAUGUUGACCAACAAGAGUAG